CACCUCUGUCCUUCGUCCAUAUUACUUCGUUCUACCUCGUCGUCGACCUCCCCAGAAGUCUGAAUAGGACCAGGAGUCGGUUGACGUUCCGUAUAUUUUUGUUCCAGCGUUCACGUCCAAUUCCAUCUCUGUUGUAGCAUCAGGUUUCUGUACCCGAAGUGGAUCCCGACAACACAGACUACGCCUAGCUCACGCUCACGAAUUUGAUUCAUGUCAAACAAGAACUCGCGCCACACAUCUCCAUCGUCUUCUGCUGCACAUCAUGGUCCAAAGCUUCCCAAGUUCCUGCACAAACCAUCCAGUCGAGAUAGGUCGAAAUCCGGAACUGAUCCGAUUAGUGGCCAGGAUGGCGACAGUCCUACCUCGAUUUCCUCAGCAGAGCCUCCUCCUUCGUCGUCGAAGCAUUCUCAUCACUCGAGAAAGUCUGGAAAAUUCCUAGGAAGUGGAAAAGAGAGGGAGAGGGAGAAGGAGUCAAUGCCUGAAUCGGCUGUCGAGCGGGAAGAAACACCGGUCAUUGUCGAACCUGUGAACAUACCACGUUCCCGGACACGUUCUGAGCGACCAGGAAGCUCAGAUAUACAGUAUAAUGGCCCCUCGCUUUAUGUCCCGAGUUCUCCUUCAUCUUCCCGAAUGAGCGACCUCCCCAACCGGCUGUCAGGCUGGUUUGCGCAUACCUUCAAUUCUUCUUCAACUACCGAUCUUUCCCUACCCACAAUUCUCUCUCAUCACUCCGCUCCCAAUACCGGGGCGCCUGGAACUUCUCCUCCGAACAAAGUCUCUGGUACCUCCGCUUUGCUUAAUGUGGCAAAGCACGGGAAAGGGCACAUUGACAAAGCUAUGCGUUACCUCCUCGAUAGCGACGCCACUCCUGACAAAUGCACCGACGCCAUCUGGCUAUUGGGCGUCCAACAUCCGGGCUAUGAGCCACCACCACCAUCUGCAUACCCAGCACCAUCGACCGUCGGGCGACGCAGCUCAAUCGACUCUCGCCGCCACUCUCCCUCUUUUCGUUCUUCAACAUCGUCCAAUUCGUCUCUUGAUGUCUCUCUGACUGCCUCGCAACCUGCCAGGCACCCCGGCGCUAAUUGGCCUCCGGUUUUCUACACUGACUUCACUUCCCAAGUUUGGUUGACGUACCGCUCGCACUUUACCCCGAUAAGAGACGGGCGUCUCGGCGACCUAAACGCUGAGUACAAUUCAUACCAAUCGGACUCUAGUACUAGUAGUCCCACGGCGACAGUGAAAAAGUGGAAUUGGGGAUCUAUGGUGGGCGGAGAGAAGGGUUGGACGAGUGACUCCGGUUGGGGGUGCAUGUUACGGACUGGCCAAAGUCUGUUGGCCAAUGCUCUGGUUCAUCUUCAUUUGGGACGUGAUUGGCGGAGACCGCCACAUCCCGUGCACACAGCGGACUAUGCGACCUACGUACAGAUUAUAACAUGGUUCUUGGAUACACCGGCUCCUGAAGCUCCCUUCAGUGUUCAUCGAAUGGCGUUGGCGGGUAAGGAGUUAGGGAAGGAUGUUGGACAGUGGUUUGGGCCCAGUACUGCUGCCGGUGCCAUCAAGGCUUUGGUUCGGGCCUUUCCAGAAUCGGGGCUAGGCGUGUCUGUGGGCACCGAUGGGGUGCUUUUCCAAACUGAUGUAUUUCAGGCAUCAUACAGCUCUCGCCCAAGAUAUCAUGGCAAAGUUCUUGCGCACUGGGGUGACAGGCCUGUUCUACUUUUAUUGGGUAUACGACUCGGGUUGGAUGGGGUUAAUCCUAUUUAUUAUGAUACCAUAAAAUUACUCUAUACUUUCCCCCAAUCUGUCGGCAUUGCUGGUGGCCGCCCGAGUUCGUCAUAUUAUUUCGUGGGUUCACAGGCCGACAACCUAUUUUAUUUGGAUCCUCAUCAUGCGAGACCGGCUAUCCCGCUGAGACUGCCUACAGAAGCAGGCUCUCCGGACAUCGAAGCAGAUCAUCGGAGGAGAGCCAAGAGAGGUUCAUCGUCAACGGGGUCGUCAACAGGUCACCAACGUGCGCCUACGUCACCUUCCUCGUCAAUUCGUACUGGAUCCUCGACAUUUUCUUAUCAUGCACCGACAUCGCCGUCGCCCUUGCAGCAUCAAUUUUCAGAAUCCGGGUCGUCGUCGUCAUCAUCGAACCAGAUGCAGAGUCCGUCAGAGAUGGACCAGAGUGAAAGCACGACGGAAGGAAAUUUGGACCGGUUGCAAGAGCAUUAUGUGAACGCCUACAGCGCAGCGGAGCUGAAGACGUUCCACUGCGAGCGUGUUCGGAAGAUGCCAUUAAGUGGGCUGGACCCGAGCAUGUUGAUAGGCUUCUUGUGCAAAGACGAGGCCGAUUGGGUUGACUUUAGGAGCAGAGUCGGUGAUCUACCUCGUACGAUAUUUUCUGUCCAAGAUGAACCACCAACAUGGCCUUCUGAUUCCGAUGAUAACAUGGGACUGGAAAGUAUCUCAGAUCCAGAUGAUAUGGAUAUGGAUAUGGAGGAGGAGGAUGACGACGAGGACCGGGAGUUGGAGACACGGUCCGCCUCGACCUCGAGUGCACAUCACAGCAGCGCGUCGACCUCGAGGACCAAGAGCGACGAGCUGGAUACUGAGGAGGAUCCUGUUGAUCCGAUAACGCCUGGUCCAGGAUCGAAGUUUGAGUUUCCCGACCCCCCAGGUUCGAACAAGCCUCAUGAACGACCCAAAGCAGAGGAGGGCGGAGCGUUUGUCGAAGCGCUCGACGACAUGGAAGAUGAUGAGGAGUGGGUCGAUCCUGUGCUUACACCUACAGUUAUGCCGCCGCCUCCCCUUCCGCCAGCAAAGAAAAAGGGGAAGAAGAAGCAGGUUCCAGUGCCUGUCCCGAUGGUGAGCUUCCCGUCGGCGCCUGGCGGGGAGGAAGGCGUGCGAGGGGAUAUCUCGCAUGAACGGCAGCGGAGGCAGUCGAUGGGCUUGAGCUUGAAGAUGAACAAUAGUAGGGGAAGAGAUGGGGGGAGGACUCAGAGCGGGGGGGUGAAGGGUGUGUUAACAGGAGACUAGGUUUAUGUUUAUGGCUGGAUCCUCUCCGUCUUCUUCUUUGUGACUUAUGUUUGAACAUGUAUUGUAAUCAUAUGACCAGGCUUAUAGGUCCUACAAGCUCGAAAUUCCAUAUUCAUCCACUGCUCUUAUUUGCAGGGAUGAUCUAUGUGAGCCUAAUCGGUAUGAAUAUAUGAGUAAC